CGGUCUUGACGCAGGAUGACAGCAGCCGCGCAGGUCGCAUCGCUACCCGGCGUCGUCGCCAUGAUCGCGCGCUGUACGUGCUGCCCAUACACGCUGCACAACCUACUACGAGCUUUGCCGGCCGAUGGCCUCGUCGCGCCGCUCGUGAGCUUUCUCGCGCUUGCGCAGCGCCUGCCCGUCGCCGACCUCUGGCCCUGCCUGCGCGCUUCGGCAUGGCUCUCGGACCGUCACGUGUUUAUGGACGGCCUGCGCCUCCUCGCGCUGCCACUGCCGCUGUCGCUCGAUACGUGGCAGGCGGUCGACACGCUGCGAAUGCAUGCGUCGCAGGUCGCCGUCGUCGCCAAGGCCAGCAUGCAAGACGCGGCCAGCUGGCAUGGCGCCCGCCUCGUCGCGUGCGCGUUAAUGGGCCAAGACAGCGACACGGACGCGCAUCUCGUCGCCGUCGCUGGCUGGAUGCGCUCGGCGCGAUCGUUGCGGCGCGUGGACCUGCUGCACAUGGCGCAAUCCGACACCACUGCCGCGCUCCGCACCUUCUUUGCCGCGCUGCCCACGCAGCUCGAGACGCUUUGCAUUGCCAACGCAGGCGACCCGCUCUUCAACACGUUUCUCGAGACGCAGCUCGUGGCCACGGUGACGCGCCUUGCGCUGCGCACGCUGCGCCUGAACUUUUUACACGUUCGCGAGCCGGCGCGGGCGCAGGCCAUUGCGGACGCGCUGCAUACGUGCUCGACACUGCACACGCUCGAGCUAUCGUACGGCACGGGCAUUCUGCAAGCGAUGCUCCAUCGACCGCUGCCCACGCGCUUGCGGCAUCUGGACAUUGCGACGUUUGAAUUGCACGACCCAGGUCCGCUGCUACGGGCGCUGCACGGCGCACGGCUCACGCACUUGAGUCUGCGGGACGAGACAGCGUCGCGUCACCACGCUCCAAGCGACGCGGUCGUUCACGUGCUUGCCGUCUUGCCGACCAUGGCGGCGAUCUCGCAUGUGAGCCUUACGUUUGUCGAGGCGUCGACUGCGAUGGCAAUGACACUGUCGAUUGUGUUGCCGCAGCUGCGUCAGCUCGAGGAACUCCGACUGCGCGUCCGCUGGCGCAAUGAAACAAUAGCCGAACGUGCACUCGUGCACUGGCUCGCACCUGUAUUGCCUCGCUGUCGUCGUCUCCAGCGCCUUGCUCUGCACAAUCUGGCGUGGGACGACCAGCGCUGGCGCCUUCUGGAUGCCGCGCUGCCACACACGGUGCAAUACCUGUGUCUUGACGAUGACACGCGAGAGACACCGCUCGACUACAGCUCGGAUCGCGUUCAAGUGUGCUGUCAACGACCGACAAGGAUGGGGUGCCACCUCCCGCAGCCCGCGUGGUGGAAGACGCAGGAGUGGGGAGCACCCCCGGCCAUGCCGCUUCUCUGA